GUCAAUUGGUUUUGUCCACCCAAUUAUACCAAGUAAAUAGUGCAAUCAAUAUACUAUGAAUUGUAGUCGUCUCAUUAGCAAGAUACUUUUGGGAUAAAGUAAACAAUAUUGGCAUAAAAUAAAAUUCGAUGAUUUGUUUAUUUACCGUGUGAUAUCACUAAAUGUUGAACAGUGCUGCAAAUAUGGUAAAUCCACCUCGGGCAAUUAACGUGAUCGUCCAACAGCUGCAUUCUGCCCUUUCUUCAAAAAAACGAAGUGAUGGUCAAGUUAAUUCACUCAUAGAUGAAUUCAACAACUUACCAUUUACAAAAAAUGAAUGUGAAUAUUUUGCUAUACAUAGGAAUAUUGAGCCAUUAACUAAACUGAUUUGUGAAGAAAUCAUACCAUGUAAUGAAAUCCUAACAUCAAAAACUUCAAACUUACUACAUAAGUUAUUCAAUAAGUCAAAUCAUGAGUUUUCUGAAGAACUAUGGGAAACUGUAACAAUGUGGCGUAUUGAAAGCCUGCAUUUGUGUUCAGGGAAUAUACUAACAGAUGUUGUCUUCCAUAUGCAUGACAGCUUACCAAAAAGGACAUAUCUUUUAGCAAAGCAUGCUGAAUCCUUAAUUGGUUCUGAGGGUUUGGUUAUAAAAAUUCUUAAAGACCAUAUAAGUAACCAAGAGAACUGUAAUGUUGACAAUGUCAAAACAUCUGUACUACUAGUUAGGAUAAUAUCAUAUCUAACAAUGCAUUUAUUUCAAAAUCCUAAGAAAUAUACAAUAAAUAUAAAUAAAGAAGUCAUUGCUGGAACUCUUAUGGAACUUCUCAUGAAUGGUGUGCCAAAGGAAUGUGAAUUUUUCUAUAAUAUGGCACUGGAACCGGCUCUACAGACUUUAUCUCAUUUAUUCUAUCACAAUCCAGAUAUAAAUUUUUCACUAUCAGAUGCCAUCAGCAUAGCUCGUCAUUUUAUUCUUUAUGGCUUGAGUAUUAGAAGCACUAAACCUGAAAAAUUAACACCAAUAGAACAUGCUGAUGUUAUAGAACCAGUGAAAAUUUCCCCAAAUGCAGGGAAGAAACAAAAACUAAGAAAGCCAAGAAAUAAUGCUAUAGAAAACUUGAAGAAAGAAACAUCUGACCCCAAUGUCAUGAAGGAUGUAGACCAAUUUAGCAGCGACUCUGUUUAUGAGCCAAUAAAUAAAAAAUUCUUGGACCCACCGCAGUUUGUUGAAUAUACUGAUACCUCUACCGACUUUAGUUUCGAUUUGAAAUACAGAUCUGAUGUGAUUGAUUUCAAAGCUAUUAUAAGACAAUGUGCUGCAAAACUAUUUUUGGUUAUAAUCAAGGUUAAAGGUAAAAGAGAAAUCUUUCCGUAUUGGUAUAAAUUUAUGCCCAAUAAUUCUGAACCACAACAUUGGUUCAACACUGAAAAUGGCAAGAAGUCAUUAAUCUUUUGCGCUCUUACUGAUUCAUCACCUAAAGGCAGGACCAGCGCUUUAGGGGUUGUAUUGACAUUGCUCUCCGGCUCAAGGCCAUACUUAGCACAAGCUGAAACAAGUACCAGAGUUAAUGCAUCAGUUGUCCCAUUCCCUGUGACCUUGGGUUAUAUGUUAACAUGUAUACAUAUUGGGCUUAUUAAUAUUUUGACAAGGGAGAAAAGCGAAAGCGUAGCUAUAAUGGCCUUAAAAUGCACCGCCGCUUUGGCGCAGGCCACCCCUUACCAUAAACUACAGCCGGGACUUAUCGAUGGCUUGAUUAGAUGCACAAAGAAGUUUAUCAACCAAAAAGAUAUAAAUAUUCAACUGGGUUCUUUAGUAGCAAUUGGAUCUAUGAUAUCUGUGGAUCCUAAAGUCGAUGAGAUACUGAGAGUUUUGAAAGAUGAUGAACCCGACGUUAAGCCGGAGAAUCCAAAAAAUAUAUGUGCCAAUGAAGCUGAAUGUGAUGACUUUGAGGAAUCAUACCCAGAUGAAGAUGUAGUAGUAACCAUAGAGAGACAAGCACAUUUACUUAAAGAGAAGUACGAAAAAUCUUUGCAAGUCACUAGUUGGGUUAUUGUUGUAUGUUUCAAAAAUUUCGGCAUCGUAUUUCAUAACAAUCAAAUAAUGAAUCGCUCACUGCCUCCAGUUCCAAUAAUACUGGAAACAUUACAAGUACUAUCAGCUAUUGCUUUCCAUUAUUUAGGAGAGUUACUGAGACCUCAUCUUGUCAUGAUGACUGAACUGUUGAGUGACAUGUUGCGCAUCAACCAGCCGGAUUUGACACUACAGUGUGCCAAAACUAUCAGUGUUAUCGCUGAUGGUAUGCAAAAGUUAGAGCGCACUGAACACGCUCUAUCAAUAAAGGAGAGCCUGUGCGUGUGGGAGAAACUUCUCCAUCCAUUGUGCGGUGUGCUACAAUCGCAGGAGAACCCCAACGCUAAGGCGGUCGUCUGCGACUGCAUCGCUAACAUCGGAGAGAAAUGUUUCAAAGAGAUGCUGCGGCCGCAACAGAUGCUGUGCUGUGCGCUGCUGAUGGGCUCGUGCUGUGACAGUCACCCCGCAGUACGCGCCGCCGCCGUGCGCGCACUCGCCAUGGCCGUCAUGUACCGCACGCUUAGAGAGGAUAUAUGUUUCGUGAGCGACUGCGCGGAGAAUAUCCUGCGUGCGCUGGAGGAGCCCACUCUGCAAGUGCGCACCAAGGCCGCCUGGGCCCUCGCCAAUCUCAGCGACGCGCUCGUCCUCAACAUGGAGGUGCCGGAGCUGGACCGCAUCAGUGACAACCUGCUGGUGCGUCUGAUGGAGGCCAGUGUCGUCAGUGCCAUAGAUAAUGAUAAGGUGAAAAUGAGUGCGAUGCGAGCUAUAGGCAAUUUGUUGCGUAUAUUAACACGUGAAAACUUGGCGUACAAUCCCACACUCAAGCCGUUGUUUGAGACCGGCAUCAACCGGCUGCUGGGAUGUGCCAACCACGUCGCCAGUAUGAAAGUGCGCUGGAACGCUUGCUACGCACUUGGCAAUGUAUUGAAGAAUGAAUACCUCUUCAUAUGCUUUCAAGGAUGGCAGGCGCAAGUACUCCCGGCGUUGUGUAAUCUGGCGCAGACUUCGAAGAACAUAAAGGUGCGUAUAACUGCGGCGGUGGCGCUGCGGUCGUGUGCCCGGCGCUGGCAGGUGGGGGCGCUGCUGCCCCCUCUCUGGCGCAGUCUCUUAGAGGCACUCGACAGCGCCGCUCAUCUCGACGACUUCUCUGAGUACAAGCACAAGGACAAUCUCGCUGAACAGUUAUGUGUAACUAUCGCACACAUAUGCUGCCUUCUGGAGCCAUCCGAUCUUGCCGACAUUUUGGACCCACUCACUUAUCACGGAGAGACAGCAAAGACGAUGUUCGCUGAAGUCUACCACAAAUUACUGCCUGAAGACAUAUCCUGUUUUAAAUUACUGCAAGCCGCUAAAUACGUGAACAUGGAUCUGGUGCCGCAAAAUGAAAUGCAAGCGCGGUCUUUGAAUAUAUUGAAGAAUAUAUUUUUAUUAGAAUUAUAAAUGACCAUCGAUAAAAUGGGAAAAAAUCUAGUUACCGUAUGACUUUGAUAUUGUCUUACAUUUCAACAAUUUUUGUUACAGUUAGCCUAUUCAAGAUUAAAUAGGCUCUAUU